AUGGGCCCGUUUCCACCAUCUGAAGGUCAUCACUAUAUUCUGGUUGCAGUUGACUAUGUUUCAAAAUGGGUUGAGGCCAUCACAUGUGCCAAGAACGACGCAGCCACUGUGGCAAAGUUUUUUAAGAAGAAUAUCUUUGCGUGCUAUGGAACGCCACGUGCCUUAAUCAGUGAUGAGGGCUCUCAUUUCAUCAAUCGUAUAAUUGCUAACCUACUGACUAAAUUCAACAUUAGCCAUCAAGUGGUAGUUAAUACUACCAGGAGGGAUUGGUCAUCCAAACUUGAUGAAGCACUAUGGGCUUACAGGAUUACCUACAAAACACCAAUUGGCAUGUCCCCGUACACCCUGGUCUUCGAAAAAGCUUGUCAUCUGCCGCUUAAGUUAGAACACAAGGCAAUGUGGGCAUGCAAGAAGCUGAAGUUCGAUUUAGUUAGUGUGGGGAAAAUCCGUAAGUUACAAUUGAAUCAGUUGAUCGAAUGGCGAAAGGAUGCCUAUGAAAAUGCCAAAAUAUAUAAGGAGAAAACAAAGAAAUGGCAUGAUGAACGCAUCAACGAUCAGACAUUCACCGAAGGUCAACAGGUACUACUAUUCAACGCACAUCUACGACUGUUCCCUGGGAAGCUGAAGUCUCAUUGGUUCAGGCCAUUCCGGAUCAAGACCAUCUUUCCCCACGGCGUAGUGGAAUUAACAACUUUAGAUGGGAGCAGCGUAUUCAAAGUCAAUGGUCAGCGGAUCAAACCCUAUUAUGGAGGUGACUUCGAUCGGCGCAUGGACACCAUUGAUUUGGGAAAGCAAGAUUAA